AUGGUUCAAUUUUCAGCCGUGCUGGGCCUUUUGGCCACGGCUUCUCUUGUUGCUUGUGCACCUGCUGCGGCGCCGGCUCCGACCGCUGCUCCUGAUCUUGCUAAAAGAGCAACCUGCACAUUUUCUGGAAGCAAUGGUGCUGCAUCAGCAAGCAAGUCGAAGUCUUCUUGCGCUACCAUCGUCCUCUCGGACGUUGCUGUUCCUUCUGGCACAACCCUCGACUUGACCGGGCUCGCCUCUGGCACCCACGUUUUCUUCGAAGGCACCACCACCUUUGGCUAUGAAGAGUGGAGUGGGCCUUUGAUCUCGGUUUCUGGAACUAAUGUCGCUGUUGUCGGGGCUUCAGGGCAUGUCAUCGAUGGAGGCGGAGCUAGAUGGUGGGACGGACAGGGAUCAAACGGAGGCAAGACCAAGCCAAAGUUCUUCUACGCACACUCGAUGAAAAGCUCUAUAAUCUCUGGCCUUAACUUCAAGAACUCUCCUGUUCAGCUCAUGAGCAUCAACUCUGCUACGGAUUUGGUCGUCACCAACCUCGUUAUGGAUAACUCCGCCGGCACUUCUCUAGGACACAACACUGACGCUUUUGAUGUUGGAAGUUCAACGGGAGUUACAAUCACUGGAGCAAACAUUCAAAACCAAGAUGAUUGCCUCGCAAUUAACAGCGGAACCAGCAUUUCUUUUACCGGUGGAACGUGCUCAGGAGGCCACGGGCUCUCGAUCGGUAGCGUUGGCGGGCGUUCUGACAACGACGUCAAAACUGUAACCAUCUCAAGCUCAACGGUCAAGAACUCCCAAAACGGUGUCCGCAUCAAGACUGUCUAUGGUGCCACCGGUUCCGUAUCUGGUGUAACCUACAAGGAUAUCACACUCUCUGGAAUCACCAAAUAUGGAAUCGUCAUCGAGCAAGAUUACCAGAACGGAUCCCCGACGGGCACUCCGACGACGGGUGUCCCUAUCACGGGUUUGACGGUUAGCGGUGUCACUGGUUCCGUGGCCAGCUCGGCUACCAAUGUCUAUAUCCUUUGCGGAAAGGGCAGUUGCUCGGGUUGGACUUGGAGUGGCAACAGCGUGACCGGCGGAAAGACAAGCACGGCGUGUACGAACAUUCCUUCCGGGGCUUCUUGCUAG